CCCCGCUAGACCCGAUUCGCGUAACUGUCAUGGAUUCUCAGAGCCCACGGCGCCGUCACAUUUGGUUUUGGGGGAUGCUACGAUCGAGCCCAAUGCUCACCGGGUAUGCUCAUCAGCUAUGAGCAAUCCACUGAUUCCUGGCGGUGUGAUGUGGGCUCCCGCUGGUGCCUGACGCUGAUUCGGGCAUACGUCCCAAUUCUCUUCAAAGGUUUCGAUCAGCACUUACUUGCGUUUUCCCAGACCUGGGUCACCAUUCAGCUCCUGCUCUCCCGCCUAGCGCAAAGCUUCGGUUGGCGAGUGUGGGAUCCCUGAUUCUCUUUCAGCUCAGAUUUGCUGGCACUCUUGAACUCUGUUCCCUAAACUGCUGUGAGUUGUCUUGUCUCAGAGCCCCUUUGAGCUUAGUAAUAGUUCAUGUUGGCCAACACAGCGGCUCGAUCGGGAGAUACUACGGAACUACCUACAUUCUCCCCCCCGCGAGUGUUUACGCGUCGGGGUGUAAGGCUUUCCAACACUCUCCUACCCGUAUAUAAAUACCCUCUAUCCGUCCUCCAACAGCAACAACAUCUAGCAGCUCUCCGUAGACCAACAGAAACCAAACAGACGGUAACCCAAUACCAAACUAUACCAACCACUACUAUCACUAUGAAGGCCGUCACCACCAUCCUCCUCAGCCUCGCCACGCUGGCCUUUGCCGCGCCUAACCCCCACGCCGAUGCCGACGCCCUCGCCGCCCGGCAGGAAGACUGCACUUACGUAUGCCAGUGCCAGGGCAGAGACGGGACCCCAUUCAUCUCCGUCAACCGCGGAUGUUGCGAUGAUAACGACAUCAGCGAAGACGGCAAGAACUGUAACAAGUCCGGCUAUAACUCGGCGCUAGGGUAUGCCGCCUGCUGCGAGCUUGUGUUCGGUAGCCCUGUGUGCGAGGCGAGCGAAUCUGAGGCUGGCUGCCCUCCCGUCCUUUAACCUCGUGGCUUGUUGAAAAAGGGGGGGACAUGAUGGCUGGGGCUUGAAGCUGGGAAGGGGUUGGAGAGUGUUGGGCACGACAUUAGUUGGUAGAAGGAAUACGACGGCUUGUCUUAGGUUUUGAUUCGUGUCGAGUUUGACUCACGUUUGACCGGAUUUGACUCGCUCGAAGUUCAUCAAGUUGGAAGAAGCUAAGUCCCCACCAGACUCAGCUGUUAGCUUUCACAUACUUUUCUCGGACAAUUAUACUUGUUUGGUUUUUG